AUGGGCUCCCAAAACCCCUCCAACCCUCUCUGGACCACUCAGUCCGUGCUCUCCACCCUCCCUCACCCCCCAGAGGAGAACUCCACCUCUCCUGUCCCCUUCUUCCAUCUGCUCGAACGCCUGAAGACCACCAAGCGCGAGGGCUGGCGCCGGUUCGGCAUCACUUCCGGCGAAUCCAUCUCCGACCACAUGUACCGCAUGUCCGUCAUGACCAUGCUCGCCCCGCCAACGCUGGCCCCCCAAAUCAAUUUGCCGCACUGCAUGAAGAUGGCCCUGAUCCACGACAUGGCGGAGUCGCUGGUCGGCGACAUCACGCCCGUCGAUAAGGUCGAUAAGUCGGAGAAGGCCCGUCGCGAGGCCGACGUGAUGGACUACAUCUCGAAGAAUCUGCUGGGCGCCGUUCCCGGCGGCAUGUUGGCUGGCACGGACAUCCUGAAGGUGUUCCAGGAGUAUGAGGACAAUGUGACGCUGGAGGCGAAGUACGUGCACGAUAUCGACAAGAUGGAGCUCCUGCUGCAGAUGGUGGAGUAUGAGCGCACGCAUGACUUGGAUCUCUCUGAAUUCUGCCACGUCGCGAGUAAAGUCCAGUUGCCCGAGAUUAAGGAGUGGGCGGCCACGGUGUUGCAGGAGCGCGAGGCGUUCUGGAAGAGCAAGGCGGAAAAGGCUAGACAGACAUCUGCAUAG